UUUCUUCCUUCCGGAGGGGAAAAUGGCGCCCGAGGACGCGGGUUCCGCCUCGCCCGCCUCGCCCGCCAAGGGCCCGUUCUGGUCCUGCCUGAGCUGCCGGCUCAUCAGCGGCGCCGCCCUCAUCGGCUCCGGCGUCUGGGUGUAUUUGGGGCCCCGGAAAAUCAUGCAGCAGCGGAGGGUGCCUCCGAACAUGUGGCAGGUCACCCAGAUCACCUUCGCCUUCGGUCUUAUAUGUUGGGGUGUGGUUGUAAUGAUUGACCCAGCUGGGAAGCUGAAGAAAGACGUCAAAUGAGCAGUCGACACUACAUUUUGCCGAUCCAGUGUCAAAAAAGUCAAAUGGAGAAAAGGCCCCUUCAAGGCAGUGGCACUCCCUUCUGACUUUCUUUACUGCCAACAUUCCCUGUUGGUAGAGGCUGUGGUGUAUGUUGCACCUAUGAUGUAUAGGAUGUUUACAUCCAUGUAAUGUACAUGAAUAAUCUUUCAAAGUAAAGAAGUAUAUAAUCA